AUGGAGAUUUGUGAUAGAGCAAUGACCAAGUAUUUGAAUUUUAUGGUAAUUUUUUAUUACUAAUUACCGACUCAAUUUAAAAUAUAAGGUGGCAAACGUUUUGUGUUUGCGCAAUUUUUAACAGGAACUAUGAAUGUAUAACAAAAGUGUUUGAUCACAUUAACUAUAGGUAUGAUUAGUUUGAAACAUGCAUAAGCUAAAAUAUUCCAUCUCCAACUGUGCAUAUAUGCAUGCUCUGACCAUGCGGUCGUCUAUUGGAAAGCCACUUGCAAUUGCUUGUCAUGGCAAGGCAAAUUUCUAGAAAUUCUUGUUACUGCAUGUGUUGUUGCAUUCCUUAUAUUUCCUACGUUUUCGGGUAAGAGACUCCAAUCCAAAUCUGCCACCCAGCAUUUUUGAGUUUGUUCUUUAACAUUCAAUCUUCCGUUAACAUAUGCAUUGUUGGUCGCCAUCGUCACAGCCAAUUCCUUCCACUACAGUAGGCAGCCAAAAGGUUAAAUGCGCUGUCCCAAUAUGGUUGUAUGCUUAUAUGCUUGUUUAUACGCCGGUAUUGUUUGAAAUGAAAUAGAGCGCGUGACCGCUAAGGUAUGAUUUAAAUGAUUUUUUUUUUGUUUUAUGUGGGCUACUGAUUUGUCAAUAGAGCUGGCAGGUGUGGAGGUGAAGGGUUUAUUGUCUCGGUCCCAAGGGUAUGUUCUGUGAAUAGAGGAGGUUCCAUUGUUAUACAGAUAAUAAACUGAGUACUCGGAAAAUGAUCUUAAAAAAGAGUCAAUGACAUACAAUAUAAUUAAACAGAGUACACGGAUGACAGAGCAACAUUUAGUAUUCAUAAUUAUCUACUACUUAUUUUCUACUGUGUUUUUAUUUCGCGAUUCGAACACACACGACAUGCAGGACAGCAGGAAGUGUAUGAAAGUUUUGCAAGAUUAUAUGACGCUGAAGAUGAUUAAGUGCUUGUCAAUUGUAUCUAAUCAAUGAUUAGAUACAAUCGUUCCGAGCCCUGAAUUUGUAUCAUUAAACAAACCUUGAAUUUUUAAACUUGCCAGAAAGUAUGACUAAGGACUAACAAGAAUGAAAUACUCAGCACAUUUGCGUGUUAUCAUUUUGUUGUAGCUAAUGUUUUUGGAGCUAGACUAUUUACGCACAAUAUUGAUAUCAAUGAAUAAAAGUUUCCCAAGGACCCCUUGUUGUUUUGGGCGUUUUUUUGUUACUUUUACGAGGAAGUAGUAAAUUUUAUGGGUUUGACUCCCGAAAAGUUAUUUUCAUAAUUGUAAGAACUCAACGUUACGUUCGGUUAUGAGUUAAUUAUUUUUUAUAAGAUUGACAACAAUUAAAGGUGAUUGAAACAAACGCUUUGCAGAUAAUUACUGUAUAGUCCGAAAAUAAGCAAACUCCAAUAUAAUUUGGUUUUGAUAUUACAGUAUUUUGCUACUGUCAUAAAUUAUAAAUAGUUUCAUGUUUGUAACUGAUGUAAAAGUUCUGCUACCAUCUCCUUUUAUUGGUUAAAAUUUGCCCCCUUCUGUGAGCGACACUCCUUUAAUGCAUUGUAGCUGUAUGUUGAUAGAAGAACGAAGCAUACACAGAUUGAUAUUACCGUAUUUUGCCAUGGUCAGUAAUUAUGAAUAGUGUCACGUUUGUAACUUAUCAACUUCUCUCCACUACUUCUGUAGGAAAUUCUUGUUACUUCUGCGAUUUUUGCGAAUUUUGCGGACUUAGUGAAGGCCUUCUUGACCUUUUCCCUCUCCACGGGUAGAAUUUUGUGAAAUUUGUUGUUCUUGCUAUUUUUGCCAUAUUUGUUGCUCAAUCUCUUCACAUAGGAAGAAAAAUUCUUGUUACUUUUGCGAUUUUUGCGAAAUUUGCGGACAUCUCGAAGCCCUUCUCCUUGACCUUUUCUCUUUCUAAAUGUAGAAUUUUGUGGAAUUUAUUAUUCUUGUUAUUUUUUGCCAUAUUUGUUGCUCAAUCUUUUCACAUAGCAGGAAAAAUUCUUGUUAAUUUUGGAUUUUUUCAAAAUUUGGGGACUUCUCGAAGCCCUUCUUGACCUUUUCUCUCUCUAAGUGUAGUAUUUUGUUAAAUUUGUUUUUCUUGCUAUUUUUGCUACAUUUGUUACUCAAUCUUUUCACUUAGCAAGGAAAAUUCUUGUUAUUUUUGGAAUUUUUGCGAAAUUUGCGGACUUCACGAAGCCCUUCUUGGCCUUUUCUCUUUGUAAAAGUAGGAUUUUAAAAAAUUUGUUAUUCCUGCUAUUUUUGCCCAUAUUUGUUACUCAAUCUUUUCACAUAGCAAGAAAAAUUCUUCUCACUUUUGCGAUUUUUACGACAUCUACGCUUUUCUGAUAGCAGUUUUCUUUAAAUCUUUUUUGCUAAAAUUGCGAAAACAAUUUGCUAGCAAAUUUUUGUUAACAAGAUUGAUCCUGGACAUAAGAGAGUUUGGACACACCUGUCUGGGCUACAUUGAUGGCUCUUUCUGUCUGGAAGAUGGUUAUACGGAAUGUGAAGAAGCCACAUUACAUGCGAUACAACUUUUUGUCAGUCUGGAUUUUAAAAUCCAUCCAGAAAAGUCAGUUAUUAUACCAACACAGAUCUAAGAGCUUUUAGGGUUCAGUUUGAACUCUAUUCUCAUUUAAGUUACUUUGACAAACAAGAAAGCUGUUAAAAUUUUUGCAGUUGUGCCAAAAGUUCUCUCUUCCGAAUAAACGGGUUUACUAUCCGUGAAGUUGCAUCUUUUCUUGGGACCUUAGUCUCCAGCUUUCCAGGCGUGGAGUUUGGCCCUUUACAAUAUCGCCACAUUGAGGUUGAUAAAGAAACAAAUUGAAGCAGGGGAACUUUGAUUCAUUUAUGACUUUGUCUCAUGACAGUUUGGAAGAGAUUCACUGGUGGUCUGCAAAUAUUCUAACAGCAUCAAGAAAAGUUUUUCAUAAUAGUCCUGAUGUAGUUGUUUACACUGAUGCAUCCCAAAUGGGUUGGUGUGCUCAAAUCGAACAUGGGAAUAACACUAGUGGGAUCUGGUCUAAGUCAGAGUCAUCCAGGCACAUGAAAUACCUGGAAUUAUUAGCAGGAACAACAUCCAUGUGCAUGUCUGAUAACAACACUGCUGUGUCUUACAUUAAUUCUACGGGAGGUUGUAGAUCUUUGGAAUGUAACUCCAUUGCUAAAGGUAUUUGGGAUCGGGCUAUUGACAAAGAUAUGUUUUUAUCAGCAGCCCAUAUUCCAGGAUCAAGCAAUAUUGAUGCUGAUCAGUUAUCUUGGAAUUUGAAUUUGGAUCUGGAAUGGAUGCUUUCAGCUCCUAUUUUUCAGAGAAUAGUAGCUUUAUUUGUCAAACCAUAUAUAGAUCUUUUUGCUAGUAGACUUAAUGCUCAGGUAAAGGAUUAUGUUUCCUGGAGACCACAUCCAGUGCCAAAGUUUGUAGAUGCUUUUACCAUUGAUUGGUCACAAUUUGUCUUCUAGGCUUAUCCUCCAUUUUGUCUUGUUUCAAGGUGUGUACAGAAAUUAAUUCACGACCAGGCAUCAGGAAUUCUAGUAAUUCCCUUGUGGACAACUCAGCCUUACUUUACGGCUGUACUGAGCCUUCUAACAGAAACCUCACGUGUAUUAAAUACUUCAGUUCAGAAUCUGAUUCAUCCAACUCUGGACGGUCCUCAUCCCCUACACCAACGACUGCAGUUGUUGGUAUGCAAGUUAUCAGGCGGUCUUUGCAAGAGUCUGAGAUUUCGCCAGACAUUGUCGACAUCAUCAUGGAUUCAUAGAAAGACAGCACAUAGAAACAAUAUAAAGUGUAUAUCAACAAGUGGCUGCAAUUUUGAAGUGAAAGGUCACAUGAUCCAUUGCAUCGUAUCCCACUAGUACUGUAACGGCUGGACUAUCUUUUCUGUACAGUCUUCUCACGACUGGUUUGAGCUAUUCUGGGCUGAAUACAGCUCGGUCUGCUGUUUCUAAUAUUGAUAUGAAUGAUAGUGAUGCUCCAGAUCAUACACAUGUCGGAAAGCAUUUCCUUGUUUGCCGUUACCUUGAAGGGGUGUUCAACAAGCUGAAGCUGGCGCCGAAGUAUAACAAUAUCUGGUCCGUGGAUACUGUCCUUGAUUACUUGAGUUUAUUUUGGCCUUAGCACGAGAUCAAUUUGAAGGAACUCACCCUAAAAUUAGUUAUGUUGAUUGCCUUGACUACGGGGCAGAGGUGUCAGACUUUGACUUUUGACUUUUUUGGACACAUCAGAGCAACAUAUGCAGAAGAAUGAUACAUGCUUUAAAAUUGUCUUAACUGAACAACUUAAGCAGGACAAACCUGGCAGAGUUUUUGGCAAUGUACGUCUUUCCAAGAAUCCAGUAAGGGAACUGUGUGUUUAUGAAACAUCAGAUUAUUACCUGCGGGCUACUGAAAAGCUUAGAAACUCUUAAAAAUUGCUUGUUUCGUAAAUUAAGCCCCAUAAGGCAGUAAGCUCAUCUACUAUUGGGCACUGGAUCAAAACUUUGUUGGGACAAGCGGGUGUUGAUACAAAAAUAUUUUCUGGUCAUAGCACUAGGUGUGCUUUAACAAGUAAAGCUCUUAUGUCAGUUUCCUCUGAAGUGAUCCUAGCUACAGCUGGUUGGACUGAGGAGUCCACUUUUCGGAAGUUUUACAACAAGCCAGUUGCUGUAACAAACAAGAUAAGUUUGGCAGUUCUCACAUAG